AGCAUUGUUGAUUUGUUUCUUAUCAAAAAAAAAAAGAAAAAAAGAGAGCAGAGAGUGAGAUAAUAUCCAGAGAGUUUGAUGGAGGUGGAGAUAAUAUCCACAGAGUUUAUCAAACCAUCUUCUCCAACACCCAGUCACCUCAAAACUUACAAGCUCUCUCUCCUUGACCAAUUUGCUCCUCACGUAUAUUUUCCCCACCUUGUCUUCUAUCCCGCAAAUGAAAUCUCCAUCUCUGAAACAUCACAAGUGUUGAAACAAUCUCUAUCAAAGACACUCGCUCUUUACCACCCUCUCGCUGGAAAGACAAAUGACAGUCUCUCCAUUGAUUGUGAUGAUAAGGGUGCUUGCUAUAUCAAUGCUAGAGUUAAUAGCAAUUUACAAGAUUAUCUCAAUCAACCAACUCUCUCAACACUUGCCAAAUUUCUUCCUCAAGAGACUGCCUACAAAGAGGUUCCACCAGGAGCUCGUGCUGUUGUGAUACAGGAGACUCUGUUCUCUUGCGGCUGUAUCGCCAUAGCCUUUGUUGUUCCGCACUCUAUUUUCGACGCAGCAGCUAUAAGUGCAUUCAUGAGGACUUGGGCUAGUAUUGCUCGUGAUCCAAAUGAUGGAGCUCUGUUCCCAGAUUUUACUGCAUCUUCCAUCUUUCCACAAAAUACUACUUCAGUCCCACAAAAUAGUACUUCUUUGGCAGCUGCCAUAGUUGGAAAGGGCGAGUUUGUUGUAAAGAGGUUUGUGUUUGAUGGAUCAGUCAUAAACAGUCUUAAGGAUAAAGCAAUUAGCUCCGGCGUGCGGAACCCAACAAGGGUAGAGGUUGUUUCCGGCCUCCUCCUUAAGUUCCUCAAGUCUGCAUUGAUGGUAAAAUCAGGUAAUCCAAAAUCAACAUAUGUAACAAAUACUGUGAACUUGCGGCGAAAGGCUGUGCCACCAUUUUCUGAAACUUCCGUGGGAAAUUUUCUUUGGCUAACAUCCAUAUUAUCCCAAGGUGAGGACACAGAGUUGUAUACGUUGGUACGGCAGAUGAGGGAAGCCGUAUCGGGGAUCAAUGGCGACCUUGUGAAGAGGCUUGAAGGUGAUGGAGGGUUGAAAGCACUUCGUGAGUUCAUGAAAGAGUUUGGUGAAUCAUGUUCUAACGCUUUGUCCAAGGGAGCAGAAGCAGUUGGGUUGAAUAGCUGGUGCAAUUUAGGGUUUUAUGAGGCUGAUUUUGGGUGGGGGAAGCCUUUGUGGAUUCCAAUAAUAAUUGGUUUGGCCAAACCGCUACCUGUGUUCUUCAUGUAUCUUAUGGAUACCAGACAUGGUAAUGGAAUAGAGGCGUGGGUGGUAUUGGAUGAAGAGGUAAUGACUCUGCUAGAGCGUCACAAGGAAUUCCUCUCUUUAGCAUUGGUAGAUCCAAAUCCUCUAGAAUUGGUUCACUAAUCACCAUCAAUCCAGUCCAUAUAAAUUGCAGUUAAUAUAUGUAUAUAUAUUACCAGUUAUGGUGCCCGCGCGUUGCAGUGGGACAUCAAUAAUUUCAUCAUUUUUCACGCUUUUUGGAAGCCAAAUGAGAGCAUAUCAUUCUUGCACUUCACCAUGCAAGUUCAAUGGUAUUUGCGUUACAAAAGUUAUACAACCACCUACAGGACAUUCCUACUUUUGA